AUGUCUGACACCAAGAUUCAAGAUCUGCUUAACAAGCCUCGCAGUGAGCUGACUGAAUACGAAGUUUCUGUUCUCGAAGAACAUGAGCUCACCACCGGUCCGCUUUCAAUCCUCCAGACAGCUACCCGUGCCCACUCGCAGGUCUUGAUCUCGUGUCGGAACAACCGCAAGCUACUUGCGCGUGUAAAGGCUUUUGAUCGUCACUGUAACAUGGUACUAGAGAACGUCAAGGAGAUGUGGACUGAGAAGCCCAAGGGUGGUAAGGGUAAAGGCGUCAAUAAAGAUCGUUUCAUCAGCAAGAUGUAUGUCUACGCAAAACUUGCCCGGACCUUCCCUUUUCACGGUAUAUGCGAUGACACUAAACUUACUCGACCAUAUAGGUUCUUGAGAGGCGAUUCAGUUAUCCUGGUACUUCUGAGUUGA